AUGGCGCCCCCGGCCGAGAUCUCCAUCCCCUCGACCAUCCUCUCGACCGGCGAAUCCAAGCCAUACACCCUCUACAACAUCACCCUGCGCCUGCCGCUCAAGUCCUUCGUCGUCCAGAAGCGCUACUCCGACUUCACCGCCCUCCACCAGACCCUCACCUCCCUCGUCGGCUCCCCACCCCCGAAGCCGCUGCCUGCCAAGUCCUGGUUCAAAUCCACCGUCUCCUCCCCCGAGCUCACCGAGCAGCGCCGCCAGGGCCUCGAGGCCUACCUCCGCGCCAUCGCCGAGUCCCCCGACCGCCGCUGGCGUGACACCACCGCCUGGCGUGCCUUCCUCAACCUGCCCUCGACCGGCGUCGGCAGCACCUCCAACUCGGCCGCGAGCGCCCACGGCCUCAUCACCAACGGCCGUGCCGGCGCCGGAGACCCGACCACCUGGCUCGACCUCCAUCGCGAGAUGAAGACGUGCCUACACGACGCUCGUAACCACCUCGCCCGUCGCGAUGGCGCUGUCGACGCCAACAACACCACCGCUGCCGCCGAGGCCGGCGCCGCAGCCAAGCGUUCCCUUGUCAAGGCUGGCACCCUGGUCAGCACCCUCACCGACGGCUUGCGGGCCAUGCAGGAGGGUGGACGCCUCGGCGACGGCGAGCUGCGGCGCAGGAGGGACCUCCUCUCGUCGGCGCGCGUCGAGCGCGAGGGGCUCGACAAGCUGAGCAACAGCAUGGCGCAGGGGAACAUCGGCGGCGGAUCCGGCGGAAGGGAAGGGUGGGCCUCGACGGGAGACAAGGCGGCGCUGCUGGGCGGCGGUGGCAACAGCCGCAACGGUGGGGCGCGGACGGGGGGCCGGGUUCUCGGGGCGCCGCUGCCGGAGAACGAGCGCACGAGGGAGCUCGACAACAGCGGCGUCGUGCAACUGCAGCGCCAGAUGAUGAGCGAGCAGGACGAGCAGGUCAACACGCUGGCGGCCAUCGUGCGCAGGCAGAAAGAGAUGGGGCUGCGGAUCAACGACGAGGUGCAGGAGCAGACCAAGAUGCUCGACCGCCUCAACGAGGACGCCGACCGCGUGGGCGGCAAGAUGGACGUGGCCAAGAAGCGCAUCAACAAGUUCUGA